AUGCGAGGUAAAUACUUCAACGCAGCUCAGAAUGGCUACAAAUAUGAUAGACCAGACAUAGGAUCAGCAAUUGCUAGCGCCAGUCGUUCCGGAUACAGUGGUACUAGUGGAACUGCAUAUCCUACUGCUCCAGGUUUUGGUGGAAUUAUUGGUACUACAACACCAGGGUUGCCGUUAAGCGGCACAGGUUAUACUGCUGGACGUACCUCUACGACUGCAUUUGCACCACAAACUAAUGCUAGCCCUACAGGAAAUGCCAUUUUUGCACCAGUUAAUCCAUCUGGGUUUUCUAAUUCAGCUACCUAUCCGGGAACAGGCAGCGGAACUGGUUUUGAAAGUCUAAGUACAGGUCCAGGUUAUAAGGGAGAAAACAUUGGACUAUCUGCCUCUAGUUCUCGUACCGGUGUCGCUGAUCAACAACGCAUAAGUAGUGGAACCCUAGGCAGCAAGAACUAUGGUAUUCGACCAGGGUUUAGCAGCGAUGGAACGGAUGGCGGUGAUUACAGUGCAAUUCCUGGGACUCCUGGCGAAGAUUACCCAAUAUUUCCAGAGAUUCCAAAUACUUCUUUCAAUUGUAAUCAGCAGCGUUAUCCCGGUUACUAUGCAGAUGUGGAGGCGCAAUGUCAAGUAUUUCACAUAUGUGCUUUAAACAGAACGUAUAAUUUCCUUUGUCCAAACGGUACUAUUUUUAGUCAGGAGAAUCUGGUUUGUGUCUGGUGGAAUCAGUUCGACUGCACUGCUGCUCCUGGACUGUAUGAUAAAAAUGCCGAUUUGUAUGAUCAAUCUCUACAAUCAUUUUCACAGAUUGGUACCACUGGGGUCGGGUCUGGAUUAACUAGUUCUGGAACGACUGGUGGUUCAUAUUCCACAAAAUCACAGAAUGCUCGACCAUCUAAUACACAGAUUAGACAACCGAUUAGUGGAACAACAGGUCCAGCAGCAGGUGUAUUUGGUUAUCCAACUGCUCCAGGUACUGGAUUUGCUGGCUCAAGUCCCGGAACAGGGUUCCAGCCGGUUGGUCAGAUUCCUGUAUCCUACGCUCCAACGAGCACAAGUGCAACCAUUUCUCUUGGAUAUCCAGAAUCAGGCCAACCGGAUGGGGCGUCGUUACAACUAUCACAAUCAUUUCCACAAAGAUACUUACCACCUAGACAAGGCUAA